UAAUGUUCAUCCCUCUUCAGCAGCACAGAAACUAUCCAAACUAAUAAUUUUAAUAAUAAUUCUACAUUGAAUAAGAGCUGGUGUUCAUCCAAAUUUGUAUUACUCCGCCGGCUAAGUCUCACUCCUCCCGCCGCAAUUUGUUGAAUCAAAGAUAAACUAACAAUGGAUCUAUUAUUGCUGACACUGUUUCUUGGAUUUGUAUCGGGGAUGCUCAUUCUCAUCCCUCGACUUCGUAAAUCUGAUACUGGAAAAGGGGCGCAGCAAAAGUUUGCUUCUCAGGCAUCCAAAGCAUACACCAAAGCUGAUGUUUCAUCACACAAUAAGAGGACUGACUGUUGGAUCAUCAUAAAAGAUAAGGUCUAUGAUGUUACCUCCUAUGUAGAGGAGCACCCUGGUGGUGAUGCUAUCCUUGUUCAUGCUGGUGAUGAUUCAACUGAAGGCUUCUUUGGGCCACAACAUGCUACACGUGUCUUUGACAUGAUUGAGGACUUCUACAUUGGUAAUCUAGUGAAGUAAUUAUUUGGACAUUGACUCAAUUGGUCAGUUUUCAAUCAUGUAAUUUUGGAGCUCAAUCGUAUUAUUUUUUAAACAUUGCAGUUCAUUCCAACUUAAUUCCUUGUUUCUUUUUUGUUAAUCAAGCUUGUGAUCCCUUUUGUUCUUCUA